AUGGGUCGUAUUCCCUGCUUUCCGCGGCAAAGCGCGAGAACAGUGGUCUCGAUGAGCUCUGGGGGAGGAGGAAGCGAUGAUGGAUACACGGGCGGUGACGAACUUGCCAUCCGUAUGAUGAUAUCCAGGAAUAGGAUGGCAAGACAGGAAGCGGAAGGGAACAGGGAGUACGUGCCAUUUGACGUGGCUGUAAAAUGGGCAAGGAAACUCAAGCUGUGGAAGACGAAGGAGGAGUGGGAAGAGUGGAUUUCCAGGAACCAAGAGGCCUUCCCCUACAUUCCUCCUGAUCCAGAAGAUUAUUACAAGAAGCGAGGUGUAUGGUUGGGUUGGUCUUUCUGGACAGGAGCUUCAGACGGCGAUACGGAUUCCUGA